CGUUCUUCCUGGGUUUGGGUACAGUCGAAUUCGAAUCCCCCAAAUCCGAAACCGGUUUUGUUACUUUUCGUUUUGGGCCUCUUUGUUUGCCCCUCUAUCUCUGCACUGCCGGGUGGUGGAUCUCUCUCCCAUUGGCAUCGCCCGUGAUCAAGCUCUUCUCGACUUCUUCCUCAAUCAAUCCCCUUCUACAACUUGUACUUUUGCCCACAAAAAAAAAAAAAAAAGUAACCCGUCUACUAGCGAUCUUCCAUUCCGUUCCAUUGGAGCCGAUCUAUUCCAUCUUUUUUAUUUUUUCUGGAUCCCAUUAAGUUCGGUAGAUCAAUUGAUUGUUUCCCCCGUUGUAGCUGUUCUGUUUGCUAAUUGGGCCAACCUUCUGUGUCAGUGAGUGUGCAAAGAAGAUAUAUGCAGUGGCUUUCCAGGUUUAUCAAAAGUUGUAAGGAAGUUGAUUGUUUGCUUCUAGCAAGUUAAGCGUUUUUCUUUUGCUUGAUCUUUUGUGGGAAGCCCGUGGGUGGAUUAAUUAUCUAUAUAAUAACUUAUUAAUAUUGUUUUGAGUUAUGGAGCAUCUUCCUGUUGAAGUUGUUGGAAACAUACUAUCCAGGCUUGGAGCCGCACGAGAUGUGGUGAUAGCAUCUGCAACUUGUUGUAAAUGGCGAGAAGCUUACCGCAAACACCUUCACACACUCUCAUUCAAUUCCAACGAUUGGCCUGUUUAUCGAGAUAUGAAGACUAGCCAACUUCAAAUCUUGAUAACUCAAACGAUAUUUCAAACCACGGGAUUAAAAGGUCUAUAUAUUCUAAUGGAUGGUGUUGAUAAGUUCUCGGCAUCCACUGUCAUUGCUUGGCUCAUGUAUACCAGGGAAACAUUGCGCCGAUUGGUUUAUAAUGUUCAAACUACUCCAAGCAUUAACAUUCUUGAAAUAUGUGGCAGGCAAAAAUUGAAAAUGUUGGUCCUGGCCCAUAAUUCAAUUACUGGUGUUGAACCUAAUUUUCAAAGAUUUCCUCGUUUGAAAUCUCUAUCUUUAAGUAAUGUCAGUAUUUCAGCAAUGGAUCUGAGUCUUCUGCUCAGUUCCUGCCAGAAGAUUGAAACUUUGAAACUUGUCAAUCCAGAGAUUGCAAUGUCAGAUGCACAAGUGACAGUUGAGCUUAGCAGUCCUACGUUAAAAAGUAUUUAUGUUGAAGCAGUCAGUUUGGACAAGUUUGUAUUGGAGGCAGAUAGCAUUGAGUGUUUGCACUUGAAAGGUUGUGCCCUUGAGGUUUUUGAACUUGUCGGAAAGGGCACCUUGAAGCACUUCAAGAUUGAUGAUGUUAGUGUGCUACAUCUUGAUAUUGGCGAGAAUUUUGAAAAUCUUGAGAUUGUAGAUAUCAGCAACUUCUCAAUUUGGUGGCCGAAGUUCUACAAUAUUGUCUUGAGAUCAUCGAAACUACGAAGGCUUCGCCUUUGUGAAGUGGUGUUUGAUGAAGAAGAUGAGGUUGUGGAUUUGGAAAGAAUUGCUGUUUGUUUCCCGCAGCUGACUUACCUUUCAUUGAGGUAUGACUUUAGAGAUAAUAUCGCUCUCUCGUAUCUGGAAGGGUCUUCUGACUUGGUAAAUGUGACUGUCUUGGAGCUUAGUUGGAUUGUAAUUGAUGAAUUUUUCUCCUUUUGGGUGGAGGAGAUGCUGAAACGAUUCCCAAAUCUGAAGAAGAUGGUCAUUCAUGGGCUUAUUUCAGAGGCCAGACGUGAGGAUUACCAGAUACUGGCAAAUUUUACGACCUUCAUUGUUGAGCUCAUGAGAAAAUACAUGCAUUUAGAGGUGCGGUUUGAGUUUAAGUAGAAAUAUGCAAAAUGCCAUUAUUGGAACUCGAUUUUUGGUUCAGGUCUGUUGUGUACAGGGCCUUAGGCACAUAUGCAGGUACAUUAUGCAUCAUAUGGAGACAGGGCAUUGUAUUGAUACAUGAUAAUUCCAAUCUCUUCUAUUCAAUUAAUUUAGUAUUUUUCAAUGAAGUAAUAUAUUUUCGAUUA